AUGUCUGCUGCAUUGUACUCUGAAGAUGACGAGGACGAUUUUCUGUCUUCUCUGAAGACUCGGAGUGGCUCUUCAAGUUCUACCUUGUCUUCACGUCCUAAUACGUGCGAACGAGCGGAGGCUGCUGAACGCAGUGAUCGCUACAAACUGGCUGUGGAAGUCCUCAGAACUGUCUAUCAUGAAUUCUACGAUGAGCACGUCAGAUUGGCACAGGAGGAAAUCGACAAAUUGAAAUUUUCCAACGAGCCGCUACUAGAGGAGUCACCUUGGAUCACCUUUUUUAACAGUACAGAUGGUGAAGAACAGGUCAUUCAACUCGGGGAAGUGCAUACUAUCAUCUUAGAAAAUGCUUUUGACGAUUCCGAAGAAUUAUACUAUUACUGCUGUGCUCCUGCAUCGCAGAAUAUGGAAGAACUGGAAUUUUUUACAAACUUUGUACCACACGCUGAUGCACCUGAGUUCGAUCUGGAUGAAUUCUUGGCCUGGGAUGAAGAUGCUCGAGAUUCAUUUUCAUUUCCAUGGCAAAACCUGGAAGAUCCUGACCGAGAUAUCAUAGAUGUUGAGGUUGCACGAAUUCUUCACUACAAGCAUCAAUUCACAUUUAAGGAGAUCGAUAAAUUGGGAUUAUUGCGUCUUUCACUCCGAGGUCCCAAUGACAAUCCGGAAUCUGGUUUGAUUUGGAUGAAUUCUCAAAGAGAAACUAUUGAAUGGCAAUCAUCUUGCUCUGCGAAGCUUCAAUUACCAAGAUUUCCGACCAAUUUCUCUCAUGGCACACUUCUUGAGGCAAUAAAUGCUGGUGUAUAUCAUUUCUGUGCUAAUCUCAACUGCAUCACUUCUCAUUGCGCUACACAUUAUACCGGUGACAUUCGGAAACGCAGUUAG